AUGAUCCUCGCAUAUCGUUGGGCGCGCAAGAAGUACCAGGAGCGCCAACAAGUGCAUGACGAUGAGCCGUUGCAAUCGCCUCCGACCAACACGAUAGAGCUCCCUCGGCAGUCGCGUUCAGAAGCCGCGGUGCGAAAUUUUGCGACAAGGGAGACUUCCAUGAGCUUCGACUCGCCCUCAAAUCCAACCACCAACAGCAGCCCGGCCGUCACUAAAGACGCCAAGGCCGGGAGCAAGACCGAGAAACCGGAAGCCUCCCCGGAAGUAAAGGCGGAACAGCGACGCCGGAGGGUCUAUCGAUGGAAAAUUGUCGUUGGCCUCGUUGCGCCCUUCACUCUCCAGAGCCUUGAUACUACCAUCAUUGCCUCUGCACUUUCCUUCAUAGCAUCUGACUUCAAUCAACUUUCACAACUCAACUGGAUCAUCUCUGUCUUUAAUCUCACUUCCGCCGCCUUCCUCCCCUUUUGGGCUCAAAUAGCAGACAUCUUUGGUCGGCACGCUACAAUCCAUGCAACCAUCGUGCUUAUGAUGAUCGGUUCCGCCAUCUGCACCGGUGCUCCUACCAAUGCCUUUGGUGUGCUCUUACUCGGCCGAGCUAUUCAGGGCGUCGGCGCUGCGGGCGUCAAUAUCAGCGUACGAGUUAUACUGGCGGAUAAGGUCUCGCUGGCCGACUAUGCACUUAACUGGACGGUGUUCGCUCUCUUCUCCGGCGUGGGCUUCAGCAUAGGCCCCGUAAUUGGCGGCUACUUGACACAGGCAAAUUGGAGGUGGUGCUUCGCCAUCAACCUCCCUGUGGGAGUCCUCGCGAUCGUGCUCGUCGUUGUGGUCCUGCGCCACGAGCUGCUGGGCCCGCAGCCGAUACCCGAGCUCGAGGGUGAAGGGAACCGUCCUAUGGGCAGGCGCGCGAGGUUCGGCGCGAGGCUCCUGACCAUCGACUAUAUCGGCCAGCUGCUCUUCCUCUUCGGCCUGGGCCUGCUCAUCCUAGCAUUUACCUGGGCGGGCGACACAUAUGGCUGGGGCUCGGCCGCUGUACUCGCGCCACUUGUGGUCGGUAGUGUGCUCAGCGUCGCGUGGGUCCUCUAUGAGUACUCGAUGGCCCCGCCUCACCUAAUGUCACGCGUUUUCCGCUCCCAGAGAGCAAUGAUGCCAUGGGAGCUCCUCGAAAAACGGGAUAUAUCCUUGUUGUUCUUUGUGAACUUCGAUCUUGGAGUAUCCAUGUUCGCUGUGAUGUAUUUCAUGGAUCUUUACUUUGCACUUGUAGAAGGCCACAGUGCAAGUAAAGCUGGGUUAGCAUUGUUAUACUUUCUCCCCGGGCUCGGAGCUGGUGCAUAUACGGCCAUGUUUUCCAUUAAUGUGUGGCCACGUCAAACCCUUCACCCCCUCCUUCUCGGGGCCAUUACAUCUUCUGUGGGUAUCACAGUCCUGGCUUGGGCAAUUUCAGCUGAAACAACUAAUACAAUCUACGGCAUGAUGGCGCUCACAGGCUUCGGUGUGGGCGUUCGUCUCAGCCCUGCUUCGAUGCACGGUCUGGCUUACUUCCCGGCCAGCACGGCUGCUAUCACCUCCUUGUUCUCUUUUGCUGUGCCGUUCGGGGGCAUGAUCGCCUUGACGCUGAUGAGCACCGUAUUCAACAACAAGAGUGACAUGGACCCGAAGAGUGGAAUCUCGUGGGCUUUCGUUGCGUUGAUCCCAAUUGUAUGGCUUUGCGCACUUCUGACCACGUUUCUUGGUAACGUCUGGGUGAAUAAGGAAGGAGAUCAUGAGGUGGUGAACGGAGCGUAUUUUUGGAGCGUUUUCACGCGGAAGAGUCUGAAGAAGGAGAGGAGAACGCGUGAUGGUGCUGGCUGGGGAGGUGUUCUUGCCCGCACUGAGACUCAGACCGUUGUGACUGGUGAGGAUCGCAGGAAUGCCGAGACUGUGUGA